CAAGAGCAGCAGGAGAGGCAACCAACAUUUAGUUUCAACAUUAUGAUAAGAUUCAAAUCAGCCCUCUACGACUACUACAGUGUAGGAUAUGCGCUACAGUCCAACUAUCGCAAUCCGGAAACCCACAACCCGGUUUCACACCGAUUCUUCUUUCUCGGAAGGAUCCGGCAUAAUUCGGCUUCGCCCGGGUCAUAGCACUGCUCCUGUAUCACCGGCCGACCCAGCUAUGAUUUUUAAUCGUCAGAUUGCGCUUGGCGUCAUGAUUUUGAUACUGAUCUCGAUGGUUUACCGCGGCAGUGUGCGUCGGAAGGCUCCGAUGGACUUGUGUGUGAGCCAGGAUCAGCCGUGAGGAGAUGAUAAACCGCAACAACCGGAGUGCAAAGCUCCGCAACCAGCCAUCGCUGUUGGAUUUCAUCCAAAUGUGUUCGCUCAAGCGCCGAAGGCUCCUGGAUGUGCCCCUUACGAUCCAGAAUCGGCAACGGUUAAAGGCUUCGACUUCAGUGAUCAAUCCAUAAGACGAGGUUUCAUUAAAAAAGUCUACUCCAUUUUGACGGUACAACUGGCAAUAACGUUUACUUUUGUGUCUGCUGUCAUGCUCCACGAGCCAACGAAAGGUGUGGUGCAAAGAAGCGCACCUCUAUUUUGGCUUGCAUUCAUCGUCAUGUUCAUAUCGAUCAUCUGUAUCUCCUGCUGCGGGGAGAUGAGGCGUAAAGCACCUAUGAACUUUAUACUGUUGGGCCUCUUUACUUUAGCCGAAUCGUUCCUGGUUGCCGUAGUCACUGCACAAUACAAUGCUGAUGAGGUGAUGCUCGCACUUGGCAUAACCGCUGCGAUUUGUCUAGGGUUGACGCUAUUCGCUUUUCAGACAAAGUAUGACUUCACGAUGAUGGGUGGUUUUCUGUUCUGUGUCGUACUGGUGUUUUUCUUGUUUGGGUUGAUUUCUAUCUUUUUUGAAGGAAAAGUUAUUACGCUAAUUUAUUCCGCACUUGGAGCAUUGAUAUUCUCGAUGUUCUUAGUCUACGAUACGCAGAUCAUGCUUGAUGGAAAACACAAGUUUUCAAUCAGCCCAGAAGAGUACGUGUUUGCCGCGUUGAACUUGUAUCUUGAUGUUAUUAAUCUUUUUUUGCACAUUCUUCGCUUCAUUGGUGCUUCGAAACGUUAACCUGCCCAUAAAAUGUAUGUUCGUUUUAAACGACCUAAUAUUUCAUCAAAAUAUGUCUUAUGCAGGAUUGUCAUCGAUUUAAAUGUCCGAUCUAGAUCAAAAUGUCGAAUGUAGCGAAAUCCAUCAAAAUGUGUCUACUACAAAUAUUCGAUAUCAUCAGGUACGAACACAUAGGAACGCAUGUUUUUCUUUCGGUUUCAGUGAAAAACUCUGUUAAUACCUCAUUCAGCAUUUAUAACUUUUUCUAGUCAAACUUAUAAACAGAAGAUGCCUUUAAACAAUAGUCAUAACUAAAUUACCUCAACCUCAAUGCCAACGUCAAGUUGAUAUGGUAUUUGGACACUUCUGUGUGGCUUUGAAUCUGUUCUAAAAGUAUCUCUAGUAUACAGUUGAAAACAGUUCAAUUGUUGAACAACACAUUCAUAACAACGAAAAUCAUUUUUAACGAAAUUACUAACGUUUUUGUACCGUAGGUUAGGGUAUUUUUAUACGGUCGAACGAAUGAACGAAUUAUGAUCUAUAUCGUCGGUAGCGAAACUUAAUUGUUUAAUUUGGUAAUCGAAAAUAAAAAUAUGCAAAUGA